AUGGGUAAAGUUCACGGUUCCUUAGCCAGAGCAGGUAAAGUUAAGUCUCAAACUCCAAAGGUUGAGAAGCAAGAAAAGCCAAAGAAACCAAAGGGUAGAGCAUACAAGAGAUUAUUGUACACCAAGAGAUUCGUUAAUGCUGCUAUCACUCCAGGUGGUAAGAGAAAGAUGAACUCUAACGCUAAAUAA